AUGCAGUUUCCAAUCGUCGCUCUCCUCUUUACCAUCACCUCUGCUGGCGUUGUUGAUUUUCCCCUUGUUCACAAUUUAUUCGUCAAAGUCCAGUCCAACGUCAAACUCCUCACUACGGAAACCGAGAGGUUGAGUCCCGUGAACAACAAUCUCGCCGCUUGCUCCCGUUUGGUUGCCAGCUCCAUGUCAAUCGCCGGCGAAGUGCUCAGGGACUCGGCCGUUCUCACCGACACCGACUCCACGACACUUCUGGGGCUUUGGAAGGGUAUCGGGCACGAAUUGAUCUCCCUCUCGGGGGCUCUGAGAAGCAAUAAACUAGCUAUCCAAAUGGCGGGUACUUGCAACAGCCUCAAGCUUUCCCUCUUGGAGAUUGACGACGCCCAUGAUCAGCUGGCCAACACUGUCAUCACCAAGUUGCCCAAAAGUUUUCAGCAGGCCGCUCAAGAACAACAUGAUAAGAUUGCCCAUGUUCUGGUCAAAUGCAUAAUGCAGGUCAAGAGACGCCAAUGCGUGGAUGGGCGAGGUUCCGCCAACCCGGCGAGACUGCCGAACAAGUAG